UGAAUUACAAAUGUGAGUCAUCUGAAAUACCAGCAUCUGCCAGAAUAAGAGCACUGAGUACUGACAAGAUCACCAGAAGCCUGUCUGAGUGAAAUGUAAGUAUGACCUCCAUUUUAAGUGCAAAGUCGAGCAUUUGAUUAGUACCGAGGAAUUGGAGUACCAUGUUAGGAGUCUGGAAAGAGUGGUCCAAUCCACACAUAAGGCUUACGUCCAGUUUGGACUAGAGGAAUUUCAUCCUGGAAUAGGUGAAAUUCUUGAGAAAACUCAAACAUCUUUUAUAAAUCUAAAAGAGAGCGCUUUGGUAGCAAUUCAAAACAAAGAAUACAUGCUAUUUAAUAGUUACGAAGCAAAAUUGAAUGAUCUAAGAGCAAUGAUCAAUGAAGAUCCUAAACUCAAUAAAAUCAUGAGUGAUGCCUUCCAGCUAUGAAUCCUCAAGCAGAACCAAGCUGAAGUAUUUAACAUGUCAAAGAAUGAUGAUAAGCCUAAUUGGCAAGCAAAACAAAAUACCGCCGACUCAAUGUCAUAUACAUCCCAACCUCAAGAGAAUACCAACAAAACAAAGUGCAGCAUAAACGAUGAAGUUAUUGAAGAGCCUACAAGUUUAGACCAACUGAAAUUAAAAUACUUUAAAGAGGAUGACAGAAUGAAGUAUGAAGGCAUUUAUGGUCUUCACCCAUCUACAAAAAGUGAUGCUGAUUUUAUGGAUGAGUCUAUCCAAAAGAAAGUAGUUCUCCCAAAGACCAAGAAGUUUGUAUUCUCCAUAUACAUUUCUUGUUUAUCCUUGCUGAAGGAUUAUAUUGAGACAUGAAUUCCUGAAGAUUUUUGUGAAGAAUUGACUCUACAGACCUCAGGGAAUCACCACUAUAUCAUAUAUAAAAAAUUUGCAAAGACAAUAAAGAAGAUGCUUCAAGAUCCUCCCAAAAUCCUAAUCUUCAAGAAGGUUUGGUUUACCCAUAAUGAGCUUUGAACACUCCGAGAGAUGAUUGAAACUUCAGGGACUAAACUCAGAUUAGAAGACUGCGAGCUCACAUCUGAUUGGCAAAGCUAUCCCCAACGGAUUAGUCUGAAAGACAAAGACACUUAUUGUCUAGACUCAGUUACCACCACCAAGUAAACUUAAUUUCAAUGAAUAUUUCAGUAA